CUGGUCUCUGCAGGCCCCGCACCGCACUUGUACUCGUGCUCGCUCGUGUGCGGAGGGCUGUACAUGGUCGUGAUGGAGCUCCUUCCUGGCGAGUCGAUGGAAUAUCUCAUCGAGACACAGAAGAAGAUUUUCCCACGGUCAGUCUUCGAGGACGUCGACGCUGCGAUCAAGAUGUUGCACGCGGAAGGCAUUGUCUUUGGCGACCUCCGGCAGCCGAAUGUGAUGUGCGUGUCCGGGUCGCGUGCGGAAUCGGGCUCUGGGGCGACGGAGCGGCUGCGUGGGAAGCUGACCGACUUUGAUUGGGCGGGCGACGACGGCGACAGCAGGUACCCUGCGACGGUGGACACAAAGAGGUUUGCUGCCGGUGUGGAGUGGAAUGGGGUGAUGCGCAAGGAGCACGACGACGAGAUGCUCGUGAAGUUGCGUGCGGUAUGCGGGCUAUAGUGCCUUUGUAUCCACUCUUUGUCGUUUCUGGCAUU